AUGGUACUUGGAAGUGGAGGAGGAGUGGGAGAAGAAACGGUCCUGGGAGAGGAUUUCCGGAUGAAAGGCUUGGGACUACUCCCAGCCUCUCGGAGGCACCGCCUCCUCAUGUCCUUGGCUCCGCCCCAUGAAGACCAUAUUUGCAUCAUUUUCUCUGAGGAACAACGCCCAAGUGCCGACCUCAGAAGCCCCGCCCCUUUCGAACGCCCGCUGGCGCCCCGACAGGGCGUGACGGAAAAGGGUGAAAAACUAGUGUCAGAAGAAACUGCUUAUGAAGAAAUCGAAAGAGAUUUUCAAAUGGUUCUCAAUGAACUUUCGGGAGACAAAAGUCUGGAAAAGUUUAGGAUUGAAUAUGAGAAGCUUCAUGCUGUCAUGAAAAAGUCUUAUGACAAUGAAAAACGUCUCAUGGCCAAAUGCAGAGAGCUAAACGCAGAGAUUGUGGUGAAUUCUGCGAAGGUUGCCACUGCCCUGAAGCUCUCUCAGGACGAUCAGACCACCAUUGCAUCUCUGAAGAAGGAAAUUGAAAAGGCCUGGAAGAUGGUGGACUCGGCCUAUGAUAAGGAGCAGAAGGCAAAGGAGACGAUUCUUGCCCUGAAAGAGGAAAUAGUGAACCUGACCAAACUAGUUGAACAAGGGUCUGGACUAUCAAUGGACCAGGACAGCAAUAUUCGAGAUUUACUGAAGUUCAAAGAAGAAGUGACAAAAGAGAGAGACCAGCUCCUAUCAGAAGUGGUGAAAUUACGAGAGUCCUUAGCUCAGACCUCUGAACAGCAGCAAGAAACGGAGCGAUCGAAAGAGGAGGCUGAACACACCAUAAGUCAGUAUCAACAAGAAAUCCAGCAACGUCAGAAUGAAGCUUCACGGGAGUCCCGAAAGAAGGAAAAAUUAGAGAAAGAACUCAAGCAGAUCCAGACAGACAUGGACACCAGGCAGACGGAAAUUAAGGCCCUGCAGCAGUAUGUGCAGAAGAGCAAGGAGGAGCUUCAGAAGCUGGAGCAGCAACUGAAGGAGCAGAAGAUAUUGAAUGAGAGAGCUGCAAAAGAACUUGAGCAAUUUCAGAUGAGAAAUUCUAAACUUCAGCAAGAGAACGAACAACACGGUUUGGUUUGUGAGCAGCUAUCCCAGGAAAACCAGCAGAAAACAUUGGAGCUCAAAGCCAAAGAAGAAGAAGCCCAUCAGAUGCGUCUUGAUAUUGGGAAGCUCAGCAAAAUCAGAGAACAAAUCCAUAAGAAAUUGCACCAGAUCGAAGAUCAAAAGGCAGAAGUCGAACAGCAAAAGGAAACCUUAAAAAAUCAGAUCUUGGGAUUAGAGAGAGAGGUGGAAACAUCAAAGAAACAAGCAGAACUUGAUAGGAAAGCAAUGGACGAGCUUCUGAGAGAAAGGGACAUAUUAAAUAAGAAUAUGCUUAAGGCAGUCAGUGCAACCCAGAAGCAGAUAGACCUGGUAAAGCUCCAUGAACAAGCAAAGAGAAACUUGGAGGAAGAAAUCCAGAACUAUAAAGUUGAGGCUCAAAAGCAGAGAAAGAUCAUCUUUCAGCUGGAAAAGGAGCGCGAUCGGUACAUCAAUGAAGCCAGUGACCUUACCCAAAAGGUUCUCACGAACAUGGAAGACAUAAAAGUCCGUGAAAUGCAGAUUUUUGACUACAGGAAAAAAAUAGCUGAAUCAGAGACUAAACUGAAACAGCAACAGAACCUAUAUGAAGCUGUGAGGUCAGACAGGAAUCUGUACAGCAAAAAUCUGGUUGAGGCUCAGGAUGAAAUAACAGAAAUGAAGAGAAAGUUAAAGAUUAUGACCCAUCAGGUAGAUCAGCUGAAAGAAGAAAUCUCUGCCAAAGAGUCAGCACUUGUGAAGCUCCAUCUAGAACAGCAGCGAAUAGAAAAGGAAAAGGAAACUUUGAAGGCUGAGCUGCAGAAACUGAGACAACAAGCCCUGGAGACCAAACACUUCAUUGAAAAGCAAGAAGCUGAAGAGAGAAAACUCCUGCGAAUCAUUGCUGAGGCUGACGGGGAAAGGUUGAGGCAGAAGAAGGAAUUAAACCAGGUCAUCAGUGAGAGAGAUAUCCUGGGGUCUCAGCUUGUUCGGCGCAAUGACGAGUUAGCUUUGCUCUACGAAAAGAUUAAGAUACAACAGUCGGUGCUGAACAAAGGCGAAAGUCAGUACAACCAGAGGGUGGAGGACAUGAGAAUCCUCAAACUGGAGAUCAAGAAGCUUCGCCGGGAAAAGGGGAUUCUUGCCAGGAGUGUGGCUAAUAUUGAAGAACUCAGACAGGAGUUUUUUCACAUGCAAAGAGAAUUCUUGAAGGAGAGGACAAGAUGCCGCGCUCUGGAGGAGGAACUGGAGAACCCCAUGAACGUGCACAGAUGGAGGAAGCUCGAGGCCAGUGAUCCCAGUGCCUUUGAGCUGAUACAAAAAAUCCACACCUUGCAGAAACGUCUCAUCAGCAAGACUGAAGAGGUGGUUGAAAAAGAACUGCUCCUUCAGGAAAAGGAGAAACUCUAUGUGGAACUAAAGCACAUCUUGGCCCGGCAGCCUGGGCCUGAGGCUGCAGAACAGCUUCAGAUCUACCGACACACAUUGAGGGAGAAGACCAAGCAGCUUAAAGUUUUGUCUUCAGAAUUGAAUAUGUAUGAAUCACAGAGCCAAGAAUAUAAGUAUGAGAUUGAGAAACUUACCAAUGAGCUGCUGAAUUUAAAGAAGAAAUACCUUGCUCAGAAACGUAAAGAACAAAUGCAAAAAAACAAAGACAGUAUACCCAUGGAUGACACCUUCUCAAUGGUCAGACCAACUGGUCCUCGUUUUGCUGGGGGUGGAUUUCCUCUCAAGUCAUCAAAUGUGAAGUCCUAA